CAAAUGUCAAAACAGAGCCGCAGCAGAGAAUCACUUCAUUAUAGAAAUCACUCUACAGGAAGGUACAGGAAGCGUUGAAUCCGUGCAGCAGACCGGCUUCCUGUCAAAAUGGCGUCCACAAAAAAAGACAUGGAGGUGAAGGAGGAGGAGGAGCAGCGGCGGCAGGUGGAGGAGCAGGUGGAGAAGCUGCUGAGCGGUCAGGGGUCGGAGGUCACCGGGUGUGACGUGGGCCUGGAGCAAAGCAAACCUGCGGCUCUGAGGAAGACCGUCACCUACAUCGUCUGCGGCGUCAUCUUCAACCACGAGGAGGAGGUGCUGAUGGUGCAGGAGGCGAAGCAGGAGUGUUACAAGCAGUGGUACCUGCCUGCAGGGAGGGUGGAGGUGGGGGAGAGCCUGGAGGAGGCGCUGAGGCGGGAGGUGAAGGAGGAGGCGGGGUUUGACUGUGAGCCAAUCACCUUGCUGCUGAUCCAGGAGCAGGGACCACAGUGGAUCCGCUUCAUCUUCCUCGCCAAAGUCACAGGGGGAAGUUUGAAGACUCCGUCAGCGGCAGAUCAGGAGUCUCUGCAGGCCUGCUGGUGGGACAGACAGUCUUCCCUCCAUCUGAGAGGACGAGACAUCCUCCGACUCAUCGACUGCGGACUCAAGUACCGUAAGAAUCCCUGCCAUCCUGUCACGUUACCUGUAGACCUGAGCUGCCGUCACGUGGUGCAGAGACUCGUCCUCGUCUUCACCAACGCCGAGGAGCAGAUCUGGGUUCUGCUCGUCAAAGCCCCGGUGCUCCACGUCCCCACAGCGGCGGCGGUGAAGACCCACGCGGUGACCUGGGCGGCAAACAUGGUGGCGCAGGACGCCAUGCCUAAAGCCUACUACGACUACAACGUCGACACGCUGGGCGUCUUCAGCCUGCAGCACAACGGCCGGCAGCACGGGAAGACGGACGGCGUGUGCUUCAACACGCUGGUGGCUCUGGUGCCCGACCACGUCCAACGCAACGAGGACGGAGAGAAGGUGGAGCGCGCGGGGACGGGACGGCCUCCGCCUGUAGAAAACCCUCAAUACGUCUGGUACGAAGUCCAGAAACAAACACUGAGAGAGAAACUGGUGAAAAUGACCAAAAACACCCCCAUCGUCCCGAUUCACAGCCUCUACUGACCAAGUGACCUCUGACUCUUACUGUGAAAACACCACCUGUUGGCUUUUAUUCUGAAAGAAAAUGCUUGAUUUUAUUUAUCUGUUGGAUUAUUAUAGAGUGUAAACGUGAACAGAGCAAUAAAAUAAUAUUAUUUAUGAAAGACU